UCUUUCAAAUUAGGUGCAGGAGUGGUAAUGCAGAUAACAGUAUUUAUCUUUUCUAUUCUAAAAAAUUUGUUUGCUGCAUGGAAUGUAUACUUCCUCUACCUGUCUUUCUAUCCUGAUAGCCCAUGGAUGAAAUGUGACAACCAGUGGAAUACAGAAGGUUGUGUUGCACUUAACCAUGUGCCAAUCAAUAUAUCAUCACUGGGAAAUAGUAGUAAUAUGAAAACUGAGCUUUUUCAGUCAGUGUCAAGUGUACCAUCUUCUGAGGAAUUCUUCAGAAACAAAGUAUAUGAUCGGUACAUUGGAGGAAAUUUCUUCAUGUUAUUGAUCAAGAUUUCGGCAAUUACUGUGAUAAUUCCUGCUCUGUGUCUGAUUCGAGGUGCUUGGUCACUUGGAAAGGUGCUGUAUUUGUUAGUAGGUGUGCCAGUUGUUGCUUUGGUGGUUAGUGCUAUUCUUCUGAGACACAGUCUUGACCUUCAAGGGGCACAUAUUGGCUUAGAAUAUCUAUUUCUGCCAUCUUGGUAUGUUCUUGGAAAUCAAAAUGUAUGGUUGAAGACUUUCCGGGCUGUUAUGGAAAAUGUUGGAGGUGGCCUUGGAAUUGUGCUGGUAUUGUCAAGUUAUCGCUGCCAGUUUAAACACAAUAUUCUUGUGAACCUUGGAGAAACCUUCUUAUUUUGUGCAUUUCAAGCUUUUUUCUUUUUGUUGUCAUCUGUAGUUUUGUACAGUAUGGCAGGCUACAUGUCGUGGAAGUUGAAUAUUAAAAUUAAUGAUAUAACCAUGCAUUACUUUUCCUUUUAUGGAUUAGUAGCAGCUCUACCUACACCUCUCAAUCGUUUAGUUCCUUUAGCUGCUUCUGUUUAUUGGUUGACUGUCAUAUGUGUUCAGAGCAUAGCUCUUCUUGGAUUAGUGACUGCUGUAGUAGAUGCUACUUCUGUUCUGCAAAGAAAAGGAUAUCAAGGUGCACUAGUGGCAUUUGGUCUUACUGUACUGGUGAUGGUGUGCUCUCUAGUUGGAACAAGAGAAAAAGGAUUCCAUAUUAUAAAUGUGUUCUCCAUGUUCCCUCUCAUGUGGCUUCAGCAUAUUCUUCUUGGAUUAGAACUUGCAUUGCUGGCAUACUUUUUUUUAAUGAAGCAGUUUCGAUCUGACGUCCCUCGUUCGAAAGGCAUUUUGGUUGUUGUCUUCUUUGUUUUCCCACCAUUUAUCCUGAAUAUAGCAUCUGCAGUGGACACUCAUCGUAUGAUAGAAUUUCUCUCUGUUCAAGAAUCUUAUCUGAAUCCUUGGGUAUGGAUUGUUGGACGGGUCUUGCUUAUUACUCUUCUGUCCCUCAUUCCUCUGAUUGCCAUAUUCCAAGUUGUUUUCAAGUACAGACAUCUACCUGUUACCAAGCGAUUCAUUCAACUAUUUCGUCCCACUGAUCUAUGGUACAGCAGUGUUUUGAACAACACACCAUUUGGUCAGGAGAAAUACCUUGAUGGAUACAUUCUGCAGGACACAAGCUAUCAUGUUGAGCCUACCAAUAAUGAAGAACCAGAAUUACUUGUCAGCAGACUGUAGAUAAUGUCUCACACUAUGUAGUUAUUGCUACUUCCACUGCAUGGUGAUUUUGAAAAUCUCUUUAUGUAUGUUGUACCUAACAUAUCCCUGCAUCAUUGAACUGAAAGAAAUAAUGAUGUUAAAGUAAUUCUUUAUCACUUUAGUUUGAUAAUCUAGAAAUAUACAUCAAACAAAGUAGAAAGUGUAUACAACUGUAAGUCAUUAUUAUUGUGAGAAAUAGUGGCAACAUUAUAAAAUAGCUUUCCAAACACUGACAAUUACAUAAUGAAAUUACUUAAUAAAACUAAAAAUUUUGUUUAUUUGUAAUUUUGCUCAUUUUUCAGGUAACUGACAAAAUUGUAACCUAAUGCACUUUUUGUUUAAAUGUAAUGUAUAGUAUAUAGAGAGAUGUUGAUCUGAAAAAGGUACCAGACUAAUUUGAUUAAAAAUGGUGCUGAUGUUAUGUUGUUUCUCAUUUAAGAUUUUUUUUGUAAUGUGUAAAGAUGAAUUGUUUUUUGCAUAGCUUGAAUCAAGUAGUUGAAACCUGAAACUUUUUUUUAACUAAGAAUUUAAAACUGUGUGAUAAAUUUAUUGCUUUUUUUCUUUGUUUUCUUUUAGGAGUCUCAUAGCAAAGCUUUUUCUUUUUAACAAAUCAUUGUUAUUAUUUGGUUGCUAAAGAAAAUAAUUCACAAUUUUUUUUUAUUUGUUCUUAGACUUAGUAUAAAGCAUCACAAACCAAACCCAAAAUUCUAACAUUAUAUGUACUCAAGCUUACUGCUGAGCAGCUGAGAGUUCUUUUUCAGGUUACUGUAAAGAAAAAUAUAUCCAGUUUUUGUGCAUGUUCUUAUUUUAAGGAUUACUAAGUAUUUUUCUGAUCUCUAUCAUUUAAUAUUAAAGAAAACGAAAUUUUUGCUCUCAGAAUUGUAUGGACUGUUUUACUGUUUGAUGGUUGAAGCAUUUUCAAAGUGAAUUGUAAUCAUUUAUUUUUGAAUUAUGAUCCAAGUUUAUCUCAUAGUGUAUAUUUAUCUAUUUUUUGUAUUUUAUCAUGCUUUUAUGUAAAGUAGUUUUAGCUAAAAGCUUGAUAGUUAUUUUUCAAUAUAUCAACUACUGAUUGAAAGUGUAUACUGUGCCUAACAUCAGUGCUACUAGCUUAAAUUUUUAGUUGUAACAAAUACAGAUGAAGUAAAGAUAUGUUAGUAUAGCAGAUCACCUAGUAAUUAAUGUGGGGAAAUUAAUAUUGUAAUUUUUUAUAUAUUAUAUAAAUUAGUUUAAACUAUUGCUGUUUACUUGUACUAAAUGGCUGAAACACUGUACAAGAAAGUAACCUUUACCCAAAACAGAAGUUGAUACUAAUUGUAGUCUACUGACAGGAAUCACAAAUUGGAUAGUAAAACACUAUUUUUCCAAAUUAAAUUAUUAAUCAUCACUAUGAUUUAAUAAGAAUCAGUCACAAAAAUAUUAUUAAUAAGAAAUGGAUUUUGUUCAACACAAUAUUCAUUUCAUAGGAGUUCAUUUGAGAAUACAACUGGCAUAAAAAAUAAUUACUUAAAUGUGUUACUUGUAUGUGUAAACAUUUUUUGAAAGCAUCCAACAUAAUCUGUAGUGUUCUAAAUACCAACCAAUAAUCAUUUUCACUAGAUCAGAACAUUACAUAUAGCUUGCAAUAGCUUUUCCAGUAUUCAUUUUUAUGCAGGUGGUAAACCCAUUAGAAUUGGCAGAAACUAAUAUAUUUCUGACAGCAAGAAACAUUCUACGUGUCAAAAACACAUACAUUGUUAUAGUCUGUCCAGGUACAUUUAAUUGCAUGUUAAUAACCUAGCAGCAACCAGUUUUGUAAAAGCAUUUCCACUUAGCAUUUUUAAUGAUUGUGUUCCAAAGUAAAGCUUUUUGUUUUGUAACACGAUAUAAUGUUAAUCUUCAAAACAUGUUUGUGCAUUGACCUUUAUUAUUAGUAAAAGUGAAUUUUGAGUGAUUAUUAAAGUAAAAUAAAUAGUAGCACCUCAAAGAAAUCAUACCAUCUUUGUUACUAAUUUUUGCAAUCAUAGAUAUAGACAUAACAGCUGUUUGGAAGUUUGUAUCAAAUAUACAAAAUAUAAUUUACAGAAACCCAGCAGAGUUGAGUUCUGUAUAUUUUUCUUAAUAGUCUUUCUCUUUGGUUGCAAGAAUAUAGUUUAGUUAUGUUAUUUAUAAGAAAAAAAUUACAUUACAGGAUCAUACAUUGUCACACUUUAAUUCUAUUUAAUAUUAAAAUGAUGUAGUAAGUUCAAAACCCACUAAAGUGAGCUGGUUCUCCAUAUUUACAAUGUUAUCAACUUCCAGCAUAUGAAAAAGCAAGUUAGUGUUUCAUAUGCGUUUAGCACCACACCCUUAAGUCGUUUGAAAGUAGGUGUGUAUUUUAAUGCCUGCCAAAGAAAAUUCUAGUGAAAAUAAAACUGUUUUAAAAAUGAUAAGAUGUAUAGAAGAUAUUCAUACUUCUAACAUUGAGUUUUAAUGGUUUUUUCUUAUUCCAUUUUGACCUUGUAAAAGCUGUGUUGACAUGUUAAGGUAUUACUUAAAUAGAAUUUAAGUUCAGUGCUAGUCUAUUUUAUAUCUAUGAAAUGUUCUGACAGUGAAAAAAAAAAACCUCCUACUUAAAACAUAAAAGAAUAUCAGUCUUAUAUUCCAAUAAUUAUCAUAUAGAAAUAGAUUAUAGUAAAUGUAUUUUCCUUAUCGUAAUAACAAUUUUUGAGGUAUCCCCUAACAGUUUACAUUCUGGCCCGUCACUUUAAUUUUUAACAAAAAAUUUCUGAUUUUGUGGAAUGCAUAAGAAUGAGAUAAAAGAUUUUGAGUGCAGUAAUUUUUUUUAGCCAUAAUAUAGUUGAAAUACUUCUCAAAUAUUUCAGAUUUGAUAAUGAGGAACCCACUUUGAGACUAAUAUAGUUUGGAGACAUUUUUAUUGGGUAAAUAAGAAAACUUUUAAAUGAAUUUGAUAUAACAUAAUAAAGUUAUAAUAAAGUUUUCUUUAUCACCCAUUGAAGCUGUCUCCAAACUUUAUUACUUCUUAAAUAAGUUUCUGGUUAGAAAACGUUUAUUAACAGCAAGAAAUGUCUAAAUGUAAAUGUUAACAUAAAGAGACAUGGUGUCAAUUGGUCAAUAAUACUUGGAACUGGUUUAUUGCCUCCCUGAUAAAUAUAUUUUAAAUUUAAAUUUAUUCUUCAACUACAGGGACUGAGAACUAAUAAUAGCUGUGUUAUUGGAAAUAAUUGUGGAAAUGCAUAGGGUUCAUAAACACUUAGUAACUGCAACUAAAUGGUCAAUUAUUAUAAGAACAGUACAUUAUUACUGUAAAUACAAAGGAAAGGUGAAUUAGUUGUAUAACAUACUAAUAUUUUAUACUUGCUAUAAACAAAACAAUACAUAUUGUUUUUAUGCUACCGUAAUUUUGUCAAUGUAUGAUUGCGAAACAUCAUUUCCCCAUAGUUCAGCCAAGUUGUUUGCCAUUUGAAGUACUAAGUGUCCAUAAAGCCUUAAUGAGAUUCAUAUCAGGACUUUGUGCAGGCCAAACUAUGGUUGCAAGUGUUCCAUCAGUCUUUCAUGUUUGUGUGUUUUUUGAACUUUUAAGUGUUGUUUCUCUACAUAUGCUGCAUGAAGAUGAAUCCUUUUCCAACAAAUCUUUUUUCCUGAAGGAAUGAUGUCAUGGAUAAGAAUCUUUUUGUACCUGUCAGCAGUGAGAGUGACAUCAAUUUUGUCUAGAUUUUCAAUACUACUGUUUGAUUGUUGCCAAAAAACUUGAAUUUGGAUUCAUCUGUAAACAGCACCCUCUUUCAACUUUAAUUAUCACAUUGUUUGAAGUCUUAUGUCCAUUUUAGCCUUUUGAUUUAGUUAUCUCUCUAAAACAGUGGGUUUUGAGCAUCUACACGUCCAUUUGGAUUACUUUAUGUAAUUACAGCUAGGUCACUGUAAAAACCUUGACUGGAGUGUUGUGUUUCGCAUAAAGAGUAUACCGUGAGUUACUUAACAGCACUUUUGGAGAGUUUGGACUUUGUAUCUUAAUGACUUCUAAUAUCAACAGUACUGGUUUCACAUGUCAUCUUCAAUGUUUUCAUUUAGCUUCUAAUGAAACAGAAACUUGUGUCUCAUUGUGUCACAUGGAGUAACCUUCACCAGCCAAAACUUAGAUCCAUACUCAUUUUUUGUGUGACAUUACUGGUGGGAAUAAUAGUGACUUCCUUUACUUUUAUAGGCUGUAGUACUGUCGAUAUGGUUGAACAACAGCCAGUCAGAGUCUAAGCUAUCAAUGACUGGCUGUAAUAUUGUGAAGUUAUUUUCAUACAAAAAAGAUUUUGCAACCCCAUAAUUAUUUUCAGUACUGUAUAUAGUUUUUAUUUCAUAAUUUGCUAACCAAAUCAGCUUUUGAUAAACAUUGUUCAUAUUUAUCGUGUAAUUCAUUUAAAUGUUUAUAUUUUCAUAAAUUUAAAAAAAGAUCAUAUAAAAUACACACUUCUUCCUCUUAUGUUGGUACUACUCCUCUAACUUUCGUGAUUUUGAAGAAAAAAGCCUAUGUAAUUUAUUGCACAUAACAUUAAGUAUUUAAUAUGUUUAACAAAUUGAACAUGAGGAGCCCUCUGAUGGAACUUGGUAAUAGUCAGGUGAUCAAAUGAGUUUGCAAUUUGAAAGUUUUCACGUACAAUCUCUACUGGUGAAUAUAAGUUGAUAAUUUCUCAACAAACAAAAUUGAUUAAAAGAAUUAAUGUGCCCUGUUUUAAAAUGAUGAAACUUCACUUAAGAAAAUAAAGCAAUAAUUAUUUUUAUAUAAACAUUAUCCCUAUGAUUUAUUGUAUAAAAUGUUAAAUUUUAAUUUUCAUUAUUAAAAGGUCUAAUUUUGAUAUUAAGAAAAAAUUAUAUUGUUAUUUAUCUAGUAGGGCUCAUGGUGGGUUGAAGUAAAUGUCUACAAUGUGUAAUAAGAUGUACAGCAAAUAUUUUGACAAAUGAACUGGAAGAUGUCUGCUUACAAAUUUUACUUCAUUACUCAGAACUUAAAUUCUUCAUUAAGAGAUGUGUGUAAUAUAAUAUAUAUAUAUAUAUACACUGUGUGUUUGUAUAUGUAAGUAUCUUUGUCAAUAUAUUUUAGAAUUUUAUAUCUGUAUCUAAAAUAGUGUGACAGUUAGGAAUGGCUCAUACAUUAGAUAUGCCAUAGGAGACAUUAACAAACAUUUUUUGUAGACUAUUAUGAUGCUGUUUUUCUAGCAAACCAUUCAUAAACUGAGGAAAUCAUUACUUGGAACAUAAAUAAAGGCAGUUUUGAAUCAGUAAUGAAGAGUGAGUGAUGACAAAGUCAUGCACUACCAUGAUUUUUCUAAUUCCUGCCAUUAUAACUGUUCAAAAUAUAUGUUGUUGAUGUCAUGACACUGAUUACAGGAUUACCUCCACAUAUUCUUGCAGGAUUAAUGAUAUCCCUACUAAUUAAUGCAACAAAAGAAAGAGAAACAGAUAUUGAAAUGCAAAACGUGGUAAAAAUAGGACUUUGAAAUAUGAUGGUGCACAAAGUUUACAUCACUUUGUAUAUACAUUUUAAGAUCUUUUAUUAUGCCACUGAUAGUAGCUUUUUAAAUGCUCUUAAACCAUUUAAGAUAUUUUUAACUAUGUCAAUUAUGUGAUAACAGUAAACAUGAUCUAGGAAAUUAACUAAUAAUUAUGGUAUCUAUAUUUUAGUUAGCUAUGCUUGUGGCUAAAAGACAUAUGAAAAAAAAAUUAAAUUUCAGUUAUGAAAUGAUAUAAAAGAUGGAAAGUAAAAUCAUCUUGUAUAAACAGUAGUAGCAUAUAAAUACCAAUGACAGAGAUGCAAUACAUAAAGCAGUGUUAUAAUAUUAAUCUGCUCCAUUUGACUAUCUUCUCAUUAUUGCUAAUUCUUCCAUUGUUGUUAGAUAUAUUUUAUUCUGUUGAUUAUACUUUAUUUGAUCCAUUCUGUAUGAGUUAUAAAAUAUAUGCAUGUAUAAUAAUGAUAGUGUGGCCUUUUUGACAGCAGAUAUUGCAACCAAAAUUUUGUUUUAUGUCGUCCAAGAAAAGAGCCUCGACACAAAGAAUUUUUAGAAAUGGACAUCACCGAGCUUCUUUGAA